GGCUCCCCAUUGGUCAUCACCUCGGCGGGAGGGCGGCCCGGCUCCCGCACCUGCCGUCGCCCCUCUACCGGCAGAUAGGUUGCUGCGGGACACAGGCUCUCAGAAGCCGCAGCACGCGAGGGCCGGCCUGGGGCUCUGCAGAUCUCAGCGCUGCGAGCCCAGUCCUUUUGCCGCUGCGCCCGCGGGAAACUUUGCCCUGCGAAGAAGUCUUCUGCCCUUCUGUGCACCGUGACAGUCCACCUAACGGCCCCGGGGGCCCCCCGCACAGCGCGCGAGAUAGCCACGCCACCCCGUACGGUGCGUCCGCGGCGCCGGACCGCCAGGAUGCGCUACGCAGACCCCUCGGCCAACCGGGAUUUGUUGGGGAACCGAACUUUGCUCUUCAUCUUUAUCUGCGCCUUCGCCUUGGUGACAUUGCUGCAGCAGAUCCUGUACAGCAGGAGCUACAUCAAGAGAGGCUUCCAGUUUGGUUGGCAGAGGGGCGACCAGCAGGCCAAUUGGACUGGGCUCUUUAAUGACAGCGACAGCCCAACACAGCAGAACAUCAGUGAAGUCACUUCCAGGUACUUUGAAUUUUACAAGGGGCCUUUAGAGUUUAACUCCACAAGAUGCCUGGAGCUGAGGCAGGAGAUCCUGGAGGUGAAGGUGCUGUCCAUGGUGAAGCAGUCUGACCUGUUUGACAGGUGGAAGAGCCUCCAGAUAUGCAAGUGGGCAAUGGACACCUCUGAAGCCAGCCUCUUCAACAGGUCCACCUUGUCCAGGUGCUGCAAUGCCCCCAGCUUUCUCUUCACCACCCAGAAGAACACCCCGAUUGAGACAAAUCUCAGGUAUGAGGUGGACUCCAGUGGCUUCUAUCACAUCAACCAGGAGGUCUUCAAAAUGUUUCCCAAGGAAAUGCCCUACUACCGAUCUCAGUUUAAGAAAUGUGCUGUGGUGGGCAACGGAGGCAUCUUGAAGAACAGCGGCUGCGGGAAGGAGAUCAACAGUGCUGACUUUGUCUUCCGGUGCAACCUGCCCCCCAUCUCAGGGAUAUAUACCACAGAUGUGGGAGAGAAGACAGAUGUAGUCACCGUGAAUCCCAGCAUCAUAAUUGACAGGUUCCACAAGCUGGAGAAGUGGCGGCGACCGUUCUUCAGAGUGCUGCAGAAGUACGAGAACGCCUCGGUGCUGCUGCCAGCGUUCUACAACGAACGGAACACCCUCGUGUCCUUCCGUGUCAAGUACAUGCUGGACGACUUCCAGUCACAGCAGCGGGUCUACUUCUUCCACCCACAGUACCUGUCCAACGUGUCGCGCUACUGGCUCAGCCUAGGCGUGCGCGCAAGGCGCAUCAGCACUGGCCUCAUCCUGGUUACUGCAGCCCUGGAGCUCUGCGAGGAGGUGCACCUGUUCGGUUUCUGGGCCUUCCCCAUGAACCCCUCUGGCUUCUAUAUCACACAUCAUUACUAUGACAACAUCAAGCCCAAGCCUGGCUUCCACGCCAUGCCCUCGGAGAUCUUCACCUUUCUGCGCAUGCACAGCCGCGGCAUCCUCCGCGUGCACACAGGCCCCUGUGAUGACUGCUGAAAGACAGGCCCACCAGGGUGGCUCAGCUCCCAUCCUCCUUCACGAAGGGUUCUCUGGCCCGGCCAUUCUGGCUGCAGUCACUCCCUAAGGAUUUAGGGAUUGUGUGUGGGUCCUGGGGAGGGAGGGAGGCAUAGAGUCUAUCAAAGCCAGCUCUAUUCCAAGCCUCUACUCUGUGCCUCCUUUUAGCUGCUGGACCACUCUCAGGGGACAGGGGCCUCAUAAGCACAUUUCCUCUCAGUUUCGACUUCCCAGAGAACACCAACUGUAGUGGCCUGCUUGCAGCUAAGAACAGACUUAGCAGGUGAUACCUUCACUUAACAGGAAAGAGCACAGGUCCAGGUCUCAUUCAGAUCUUUGGCUGCCCAAGUUUCAUCCUGGGGACUCAGCCAUGAAUCACCGUCUAGAAUCUCAGGGCUCAGAGGCCAGCCCUUCCAGGGAACAGACAGUGGCUGGGUGUUCUGGUCCUACCACCUGGUUGAGCUCAAAAGGCUUCAGGGAUAUCUAACCAAGGCCUGUGUUAGCAUCUCCCUAAGACUCCAGGAGCUGAGAGCCAUGUCCCUUAAAACAGUCCUUGGACACACACAGCCUUGGUGCCUCUAGGUUCCAGCCUGCAUUUUACAUUGACAAGAAGGAAAUAAACAAGACCAGCCAUUUGCACUAAGAUCUUCAAGCCAAUGCUAUUGACUCAGUAUGUGCUUAGUAAUUCGCUUCCUGUUCUGCCUCCCUAUUUUCAGUUCCAUUUUAAUCAGAGUUAUUUAUAAAGAUCUGUUCCUCUUUAUGUCCCUGAAUACUGCAGAAUCUUGUUAACACUGUAUUCCUGAAUAGGGAUCGUCAGCUGGAAAGCGCCUGGUCACACGAGCCUCGUGGAUGGCAGCUAGCUGGGUCUUUGACACCAACA